UUAGUGUUUUAUUGGAAUUCAAUUAGGCCACAAGCAUAAGGGCCUACUUGUACAACUAUUUUCUCACUAAACCUACCAGCCUAAUACCCUCUCAAUUCACAACUGCCUUUCAAUCCAUUUCUUAUUUCUUCUUUCUUAGAAAUCUAAUUUCAGCCAUUCAUUACUUCGAGCUUCUGCAUGUUAGGUUUCUUUCAGUUGGGGAGCCUCAGGGACGACCUAUGCCUCUUUAACAAAUUCUAGUUGUCCCUAAAAGAAACUAGCUAGCUCGUACUUAAGAAUUUGUUCUCUUUGCUUGUAAAAUUGCAACUGUUGGGUCUUUUUCAUUUUUUGAUCUUUUUGUAGUUUAGUGUUUUCACUACACUCCUUUUAAGUUUUUGUGCAACAAAAACUGCGAAAUAACUCCAUGGCUAUGAUUACCAUAACAUCAAACGGUCACACUAGCCUCUCACAAACACUGCCCGAUAGAAAUAACAAUAACGAGCUUCGUGCUGCUUCGUUCUCUUCAUACUUGAACAGCAAUGAAGAGAGUUUUGUUCGUCAACUUGCAGCGUCGAACCCCAUAAUGGGUGGGCAAGACAAGAAUCUUUGCUUAGAAAGAAAAGGACAAGAAGAUGGAGAGAUUGGAGUAUUUAGUGCUGAGAAAUACUUCAACGGAGCAAUGGAUGACAGUCCAAGAAUUGUCAAAGUUGGUGCAAGAAACUAUCAGCAGUACUUGAAAGAUCAAGAACGAACUGAUCAAACUCUAGUGAAACCAAGAGUUCAGGCUGCUGGAACUCCAAGCAUUCGUUCUGAAUCAAGUUGGAACAGCCAAAACGCGUUAUUGCAGAGUGUUCUGAAGCAUGAUAUUCCUAAUCCUAAUCCUAAUCCAUGUUCGAAGAAGACAAACAAGCUACAAGGGAAGAGUUUUUUCGCUUGUCUCAGAUGUAAACGUUCUUGUUCUGAUAAAGAUUCAGUUGAUACCACUGAAUAUGGGGGUCAAACCAUUUUCAAAAGAAGUGCUGACAACGGUACAGUUCAAGCCAAAACAAUAAACACUACAGAACCCAUGAGAAAAACUGCAGUAAAAGAAAACAGUUUUAGUUUGCCAAGUAUGAAUUCUGAGACCAUUAAAAUACAUUCUCAAGAAGUUGAAGAAGAAGAGCAAAGGAAAUCAGCAGAGGUGUUUAGUUGCCCUAUGAUUGAAAAGAAAAACAAGUCUUUAACCAUCGAAAGGAAGGUGACGAUGUUUUCCAGGGGGGAUUCAAGUCCAAGACGAGAGGAAAUUGAAUUUACAGCAACAAGUCCGGAUGAUAAAUGCUUUGAAACUGAGAGUGAUGCAAGUUCAGACUUGUUUGAAAUAGAGAGCCUCACAGGGAAAGGCAAAGUCAAUCCUUUUCUUGCAAGGCAAGUAUCAGAUGCUACAUCAGAAUGUAUCACUCCAACUGCUUAUGCUCCAAGCGAGGCCAGCAUAGAAUGGAGUGUAGUCACUGCCAGCGCAGCAGAUUUCUCUGUCAUGUCAGAUUGUGAAGAGGUAAGAGCAAGUCCUGUGAAAACGUUUUCAAAUGUUGCUAAAAAUAGAAGUACUGUAGCUGAGUUGCCAAAGGGCAGACGUCCCGGAAGUAUUUUGUUGGGUUGUAAGAAUGAGAAGGUUGUUAGAGUUGCAGAAGAUGCACAUUUGACAAGUCUAAAUCAGAAGGCAAACAAUAAUUAUGAGCCCAGAAUUCGUCGAAUGUCUGAUUCAUUUGCACCAGUACCUGCGGCUGUGACGAGGCUUCAAGCUGAGACUAAGCUUGAAGGUUUUGAUUCCAGACAAAGGCAACAUGCUCUUGCUGCAGCUGCCAUGCGCGCCCACUCACUUCCAAGAUCCAUCUCGCCACGUUCUUCGCAUCUCUUGUACAUUCAGUGAUUAGACUCAGUUCCAGUUCAAUUCCGUUUUUUAACCAUGUUGGAUGAAAAGAAUUAGUUGUGAAUCGUCUGUUUCUUGAAAUUCUACUGUUACAUAUUAUGAUUUUAAUAAAGACUUCAUAGUUUUCAGAAACCACCUUUCCAUUCUCCCAUCUGUAAAACUACUUUCUCAUUAAAAUGCUUUUGCUUAAACUUACAAAUCCUUGAAACUGAGGCUGUAAAUUGUUAGAUACUGAUAAACUCCUUGUCUGAUUUAUUAGAGCAAGUUGCUUAA